CAGAAGAAGAACUCACCUGGAGCUGGACUGUCCUCCGCAGGAUUCUGCAGUGGUUGCAGUGUCGUUGAGACCAACACAUCAUUAUGAAGAGUCUGAAGGCAAAGUUUAAAAAGACAGAGAGUCAGGACUGGAGUAAGAGCGAUGAGAGGCUCCUGCAGGCCGUGGAGCAGAACGAGCCCGACAAAGUUUCAGCUCUCAUCGUCAAAAAAGGCCUUUGUCCCACCAAACUGGACGCAGAGGGCAAGUCGGCGUUCCACCUGUGUGCGUCCCGAGGCCGGCUGGACUGUCUGGAGGUCGUCAUCUCCCACGGAGCGGACGUCAACGCGGCGGAUGGCGCCGGCCUCAGCGCUCUUCACCUGGCGGCCAGAAACGGCCAUUCGGAGUGCUUGAAAAGACUCCUCCAGGAGAGAAUGGCAGUAGACUGCACCGACUCCAUUGGGAGGACACCGCUUCAUCAUGCAGCGGUCUGUGGCUGCUUGUCCUGCUGCGAGACCCUGUGGGACUUUAAAGCCACUCUGGAUAUCCAGGACGGGGAGGGGGCCACCCCCGUGAUCCUGGCGGCCCAGAUGAGCAGAGUGGAGCUGUGCGUCUUCCUGUUGGGUCGAGGUGCAGAUGCAAACAUGCAAGACAACCAGGGAAGGUCUGCCUUGAUGCUGGCGUGCGAGAGCGACGGCGUGGAGACCGUAGAGGCUCUGCUCCGAGGCGGCGCCGACCCGCAGCUGCUCGACGCCCUCGGACACAAAGCCGCCGACUACAGCGUGGCAACGGGCAACCGGCGCAUCGCGCAAAUGUUGCGGGACGGUGCACCUCCAGCUGCUGAGGGCGGAGGCGAAGAGCCCCCCCAAGUCCCCUCAAGCGCCUCAUCUAUGCAAGGGGGCACAACACCGCGCAAACGGAAAGCUCCUCCGCCGCCACGCUCUCCUCUGCAGAUCCAGGGUUUGCUGCCCUCUCCAAAGCCGCGGAGCCCCGCUUCACCUGCCAGGUCCCCCGAGCCUCCAUCUCCAUCUCCAUCUCCUCAGCCUAGACAAACACAGCAUUCAGCCCAGGCCGAGGAUGAGGAGGUGUUCGAGGAGAUCCGCCGCCUGCGCCUGGAGAGAGGACGACUGCUCCAGAAGAUCAAAGCCUUCGAGCUGCAGCAGCAGAGCGCCCUCUCUGCCCUGGAGGAGUUGUCCCAACUAAAGCAGCGUCUAAAUGAGACGGAGGCGGAGAGAGACAAGCUGCUCGAUGAGCUGAAGGGAGGCCACGGCCUCGGGGCCAGUGACUCUGAGGACCUGGAUGAAAUGUUUGACUUCCCAGAGAAGCUGCUCUCCAAGCGCUCCAGAGCCCUCCCCGCUCAGGAUGAGGCCACUUCUGAAGGAGACGCCGAGGCGGCCAACCCCUCCCCUGUCCCCGGGGACGCGGGGACUGUUGCCGAGCUGCGUAAACAAAUAGAGGAACUUGCCUCACAGAACUCUGAACUAGCUCUCAAAGUGCAGAUGCUGGAGAUGUUCGAGAAGGACGACACCGAUAUGCAGAGCUCCAGCUCGGACUUUGUCCCCAUUGUCCAGUAUGAGACCCUGAGGAAGGAGUUCGAAGCCCUUCAGGAGCUCCUCUCUCAGGUCCAGGCUUCAGACGAGGCCUCCAACGCGGCGGAGGACCGUAUCGAUGGGAAGUCUGCCGAAGGAGGUGCCGACGCAGAGAGUGCGGAGGCCCUCCGGGAGAAGCUGCGAGGCCUAGAGGAGCAGUUGGCCUCCUCCCAGUCCGAGCUGGAGCAGCUGAAGGAGCAGAUGCGCCUGGGGGUGCUCUCCGUGGAGUGUGGCGACGGGGACCCCCCCUCGGCAGCAGGUGCCGGGGCCGGGGCUGCGGGGGGGGCCCCGAACCAGGAGGCACGGCAGCUGAGCGCGAGGGUGGCCGAGCUAGAGGAGGAGCUCGCCAAGAGGCAGGCCGAAGCAGGCGGGCGGAGCGACACCAUCAGACAGCUGACAGAGAAAGUGGAGGAACUCCGCGGCGCUCUGUCCAAGAGGGAAGGGCAAGGGGUGAAGGACGGCGAGGUUGAAAACACACUGCGGGGCCUCCGUGACAGAGUGGCCGAGUUGGAGGCAGCCCUGGCAGCAGGGGGUGCAUCAGGGAAGGAUGGAGGAGCAGCAGCAGCAGGAGGAGAUGGAGAUCAGGUCCACCGUCUCCAGGAGCGUGUGGCAGAGCUUGAGGGCGAGCUGAGGAGGCGCGUGCCCCGCUCCGAGCUGGAGGAGGUGCAGGUGACCCUGGGGCUUCAGUGCGAGCAGCUGGCCAGAGAGAGGGCGGACGUGGCUAGAAGGCUCAACAAUGCGCUCCUGGACCUGGAGAGACUCAGGCCUCCUCCACGCGCCGCAGAUGAGGAGGAGGAGGAGGAGGAGGAGGAGGAGGAGGAUCACUCGGAGAGCUCAGAGCCCUCGGGCAUGUCAGAGCACCCCAGACGGACCAUGGCAGCAGUGAGGGAAGAGCUGGAGGUGGCGAGGCAGGAGGCCGCCCAGGCCCUGGACUGUCUGUGCGCCGAGCGGGAGGGCCGGGCACGGGACGCCCUGCACCUGAAAGACGCCGUGCCGCUCUCUAAACACGAGGAGGCGCUGUCCGCGGUAUCAGAGCAGCUCGCCGAGGCUCUCCGAGAGCUCCGGGAGGAGAAGAGCCUUCGCAGUCGGGCUGAGGAGCAGGCGGCCGGACUGGAGGCCAAACUUCAGGCCUCGCAGGACGACGUGACCAGAGAGGAGCAUGAGAAAGUCAAGGCGGCGCUGCAGCUCUCCCUGCAGGCCAGCGAGAGCAGCGCAGCAGCAGCCAGGGAGGCCCUUCUCGAGAAGGACAUGGAGCUGAGGGAGCUGAAGUCCCAGAAGGCCUCGGAACAGGGUCUGAUCUCCAAGGAGGACCACGAGGCCCAGCGGCUCGCUCUGCAGGCUGAGAUCAACGCCGCCGCCGCCCGCUUCAACGACCUCACUCGCAAACACGAGAAGACCUGCACGGAGGUGUUCCAGGUGCAGAGGGACGCCCUGUUUAACAAGAGCGAGCGGCAGGCCGCCGAGUCCCAGCUGGCCGCGGCUCAGCGGCAGCUGGCCGAGCUGCAGGCCCAAUCCAGCCACGUCCAGGAGCUCCACAAGGGCAUCCAGGAAUCCCAGGGCCUGGUCAAAGAGAAGGACCGCAGGAUAACGGAGCUGUCCAAGGAGAUGUUUCGGCUGAAGGAGGCCCUGGGCGCUUUGUCGCCUCCUCUAGGCAUCACCACCUCCUCCGCGUCCACCCAUCACAGUAAUCCUGGGCAGCAAGUGGCCCUGCAGAACAGGAUCUCCAUACUCACGCAGCAGCUCCAGGAUUGGGAGAGAAAGCACAAACAGGUGGUGACUGUUUACCGUACGCAUUUACUGGCAGCUGUACAGGGCCGGAUGGACAAAGAGGUGCAGGGUCUACUACUCCAAAUCCUGAGGAUGUCACAGCAGGGGCGGUGAACCUCGUAACGUGUGUGCAAAGCUCUCUCCACCUCCAGUCCCUUGGCGGGUCAGCAUGUAACAGCUGCAGCUCAGCGCCCUGUGGGACCAGCGUCACGUGGACCUUAUCCAGGAGGCCAAAUGCAACCGAUCUGUGUUUGGACAAAGCCGCAUGUGCACAAUACAGCAACCUAAGCGACAGCCGGCAGGCAAACGGUGAGAAAUAAGAGUAAGAAAUAAGAGUGCCUACGUGGUUGCAUAAGUUUCUAUUACAGCAGCCAUACAAGUGUGUUAGAAGAAAGUGAAUGUGAACAGAGAGUGUAGAAUGUAGGAGAUGGGUG